AUGGGCCUGCGAUGGCUGCUCGCCUACAUUGAAUCACAGCUUCCAGAUUUGGAGAAACGCAUUCGACUGGACACGGAAAAACAAGCUCGGGAACAGGCCUUGGAACGUGAAGCGCGACGAGAGCGAGUUCGUCUUGCUAGAGAAAGGCGCGAACGUCUGGACAUGCAGCAAGACUCCAAUGGAGUGCAAACCAGCGCAGAUGGUGUUUCAGACCGAACUUUUUCGGUCAUCUCGAGUAAACACAGUGAUCAUACCGGAAAAAUGGGAGAUGUAAGGAUGGAAGAGCCUGGAACCCCAUCAAGGCGGUUAACUGUCAUCGAUUUGGAAUCUAAA